AUGGCGGUGCUUAGUACUCGCCUGCGCGCUACUACUCAUAUCUGCUCCGCGGAGCCACAGCCACACGGGCGACACGGCGGUGAUCGGCGCGCUCAAGGAUCUCGACGACACAGUAGCGACGUGUCGCCCGAAAGCAGCUCUGCGGCACCGCCGCCGCCGUCGCCAGCGGCGGAAAAUCCGCUGAAGACGACGAGCGGCGCUAAGCCCAAGGUGGCGACGACCCAAGCGGCGGGGUCGACGUGCAACAUCUACGACGGCUCGUGGGUGCUCGACCGCGCCAACCGCCCCGCCUACGACAUGUCCUCGUGCCCCUUCCUCAAGGACGUGGCUCCCACGACCAACUGCCUCGACCCGAAGAGGAAACUCGACCCCAGCUGGAUGUACUACUCAUGGAAGCCGCGCAACUGUGGAGGGCGCACAAUACGAUUCUCGCCGGCCAAGUUCUUGAUGCGCAUGCGCAACAAGGUGAUCGCGAUGGUGGGCGACUCGCUCAUGUACGAAGGCUUCCUUCCCUCCAUGCUCUGCCAGAUCCACCGAGUGUCGGCGGUGAGCAAGGUGUCGGACGACGCGCUGAGCAAGUUCGUGUGGCGCGUGGCGACGUACAACGUGACGAUCGUCAACUACUGGAGCCCUUUCCUCAUGGCCUACUCCACGCAAAACGACGUGCUGCGCCGCAUCAAAGUCACCAACCCCGGCCUGGGCGACACGGCCGUCAACCUGCACACGUUCGACCCCACGUGGUUCGACAAGGUCGGGCGGUUCGGGCUGGUGCUGUUCCAGUCGUCGACGCACUGGCCGCACGCCAAGACGUGGCUGCGGCGCUUCUUCGUCAAUCGCAAGUGGCAGCUCAUCAAGCCCGAGCCCAACACCGUUCAGGCCUACAAGAUGGCGCUGCGGCGGCUGGCGCGCACGUUCGACGCGAAAAGCGUGAAGCGGUGGCGGCUGCCGCCCAUGUACUUCCUCUCCGCGCCGCCGCGCCUCGCCGGCUGCCAGGGCGCUAAGAACCCCAGCUCUCCGCAGAUGUACUCGUUCUUUGAGCGCAACAACUCGCAGAGCCGCGUGUGGUACCCGUCGCAGGCGAGCGUGUUCCAGGGCAGCCGCACCAUCCGCCUGGUGGACAUCACACACCCCUCGCUCUUCCGCUCAGACGCCAUGAUCGCCGCGCAGCGCAAGCGCUCGCAGGACUGCCUGCACCCCUGCAUGCCUGGCCUGCCCGACACCUGGGUUGACCUUUUCUAUGAAACGUGGCGCCGCGAACACGGCAUUGCGUGA